AUGGAAGUGCUUCGCCUUGAUUCUGGUCUGAUUUUGAGCCAACGCAAAUUCGCCAUGGAGCUGGUUUCUGAGUUUAAUUGUUGUGGUCUGUCUCCAGCUAAUUUACCUCUGGACCCAUCGUGCAAACUUCAUGCUGAUCAGGGUGAUCUUUUGUCUGAUCCAACUUUGUAUCGCCGAUUGUUGGGCAAGUUGAACUUUUUGACUCACAUGUGCCCAGAUCUAUCCUUCGCGGUCCAACAUCUAAGCCAGUUCAUGCAAGCCCCUCGUGAUCCUCAUCUUUCUAAUGCUAAACAUUGCCUUCGCUAUCUUCUUCGUGACCCUGGUUUAGGUCUCUUUAUGUCUAAUUCUCCUUCAUUUGAGCUUAUUGCCUUCUGCGAUUCUGACUGGGGUUCUUGCCCUGAUUCUAGGCGUUCCAUUAGUAGUUUUUUCAUCAGUCUUGGUGGUUGCCUUGUUUCUUGGAAAUCAAAGAAACAACCCUUUGUUUCUUUGUCUUCUGCGGAGGCUGAGUAUCUAUCUAUACGUCACGUGGUUGUUGAGAUUACUUGGCUUGUCCAUUUGCUUGACGAUCUCUCCAUUUCGCCUCAGUUGCUGGUUGCUCUCCACUUUAACAGUCUGGCGGUCAUCUAUAUCGCUAAGAACCCUGUCUUUCACGAGCGCAUCAAACAUGCUUCCUCAUAA